UUAUAUUUCACUUAUCUAUUUUUACUAACAUAUACAUUCAGCUUAACAUGCACUUUUUUAUUUUUCUGAUACAUUUGGAAAACAAGAAGCUAAAGGAAGAAGCAAACAAGAGUACUACAAUGUGUGAGUUUAUUACAUCACUUGGUACAUCAGCUGUGUAUGACCUAUGCAAAAACACAUUUCUUGGUUGCCUACGACAUGUGAAUCGAUUGUGUCACUAUGCAACUUACAAAAGGAAUGUGAAAAUACUCAUUGAACAACUAGACAUCUUGGAGAAACACAGAGGAGAAGUCAUAGCUAUGGUUGAUGAAAAAGUGGAUGAUGAAAUUCAUCAUAGUGUUAUAGAAUGGCUCAAUGAAACAAAAAAUGCUUUAUCUGAAAAUCGUGCAAUGGCAAAGCAUGCCAGCCAAAACUUUAGUGAUUUCAUGUUCCAUCCACGAGUAAUGAUUGAUGAAAUUACCUUAUCAAGGAUAACAACUACCAUAAACGAAAUGAUCAAACGGUACAUGGAGUUUAAUGGUAGGAUUUCUUAUCCUUCUCGUUUUUAUGAUAAGGAUUAUAUUUCCUUCAAGGCAAGAAGAUCAGUUUUGGAAGGAGUCAUUGAUGCACUAAAAAAUCGUAAUGUAAAGAUGAUUGGGCUGCAUGGAAUGGGUGGUAUUGGCAAAACCACACUUGCGAAAGAAAUAGCUCGACAAGCGAAGAAGGAGGCGAAUUUAUUUGAUAAGGUGAUCAUGGGCAGUGCCAUUUCUCAAACUCCCAAUUAUGAAAAUAUCCAAUGUGAAAUAGCAAAGGAUCUUGGUGUUGAAUUUGGUUAUCAUGAAACCAAAUUAACUAAGGCAAUAAAACUUCGUGAAGAGUUAAGUAAACAAGAGAAGGUUCUGAUUAUUCUUGAUGAUAUUUGGCAGAAAAUCGAUUUGUUUGAUAUAGGAAUACACUUCAACGAUGACCAAAUAGGAUGUAAGAUUCUAUUUACUUCGAGAUGUCAAGGUUUAUACAGUCCUGUGCUUGAGUUUGCUCUUGAUUCUUUACAAGAGGAUGAAUCAACAAAGUUAUUUACAAAAAUUGUGGACAAAACACUUGAUGAAAAUCCUGAUUGCAGACCCCUUUUGAGUGAAUUGGUUAAGGAAUGUGGGGGUGUUCCAAUUGUCAUCAAUACAGUGGCAGCUGCAUUGAAAGAUGCUCCUUCAUCCAAAUGGAGGACUUUCUUACACGAAAUGAGAAACACUGCCUCAGAGAAUAUUGAUGGUAUGGACUCAAAAGUGUUUCAGUCUAUAAAGAUGAGUUACUAUUAUUUGGAAAGUGAAGAGGCCAAAUCAUUAUUAUUGCUUUGCAGUACAUAUUCAGAAGAUGAACUCAUAUCUGAUAAUGAUUUAUUGAUGUAUGGUGUGGGGUGGCCGUUGUUAAUGAAUGCCAAUACAUUAGAAGCUGCAAGAGACAAGUUGCAUACUCUAAUAGAUAUGUUGAGAAAGAAUUGUUUAUUGUUGCCAAGUGAUGAAAGCAAUUCCAACAUUUAUUAUCAUUGGGUUAGGCUGCAUGAUGUAAUCCGCGAUGUUCUCAAACCAAUUGCCUCAGAAAAGGGUUGGUUUUCAGUAUCUGAGUAUGCAAAACUGCCUGAAGAAAAGAACAAAGGUCUACUUGUAGAGUCAUUGCUUAUUGAUAUUAGGACUGAGUUGCCUAACAUAUUGCCAUGCCCGAAGCUUGUUUCAUUGAUUGACACAACUUUUCAUGAAAAGCGUCUUUCAGAAUUCUUCUUCGAAGAAACAAGAAAACUAAAAGUUCUGAAGUUAUAUCGUGUUGAUCUACGCUCACCACCUUCAUCAUUUUGUUGUUUAUUUGAGAGUCUCCAAACUCUUUGUCUAAACAAUUGUGACUUAGAAGACACAACAUUUCUUGGAGGUUUCAAGAACUUGAAAUGUCUAGAUCUUUCAAAGUCUAAAUUUGAAAUAUUGUCAAAACAGGUGGGACAACUAACUCUCUUGAAGUUGCUAAAUUUAGACUUUUGUGAAAAGCUUAGGGUAAUUGAACCUAAUGUUAUCUCAAGUCUGAUAAAUUUAGAAGAAUUGUACAUGAGAAAUGUGUGUAAAGUAUGGGAGGUUGAAAAAGUCAGAAACCAAAGAAGUAAUGCUAGUCUCGCAGAGCUAAAGAAUUUGCCCCGGCUGAACACAUUGUAUUUAGAAAUCGAUAAUGAUAAUCUUUUGCCAAAAGACUUCAUUACUAGCAAGAUGAAGAGGUAUCAAAUAAUGGUAGGUCCAUCCUUUAAUUUCAUGCAAAAGGAGAACAUAUCACAUUCAAGAGUCUUGAAGUUGGAGCUUCACAACGCCAAUUUGAUGAAUGAAAAUGGUCUUAAUAAGCUUAUGAAAGAAUGCCAAGCAUUGCAACUCAAGGGAUGUGAAGAUACCACCAUUGACAUUUGUAUAUCAAAUGCUGAUGGUUUUCCCGAAUUAGAGAUUUUCGACUUACAUGAUGCUCCUAAUGUUGAAUACCUUGUUAGCUCAACCUUGAUGUACUGUAAUCGCCCUGUCUUUCGAAACUUGGAGAAUAUGGUUCUCACUAAAUUGGAGAAGCUGCGAAAGAUAUGUGAUGGAGAAUUGGUAGCAGAUUCAUUUGGUAAGUUGAAAAACGUCGCAGUAAGUGAAUGUCACACACUGAAAAGUAUGUUUCCAGCCUCAAAUAUUGUUAGACAGCUUGAAGAAAUUAAAGUAGAGUAUUGUGAUAUGAUGGAGAACAUUGUUUUCCAUAGAAGAAAAAAUGGCACCUCACAGAAGAUUGAGUUUCUCAAAUUACAAAAAUUGUAUCUGUGUGAGUUACCAAAAUUAAUUCAAUUCUCUACAGUUCAGUGGGAGCCAGAUUUCACCACUUCAUCAUCAUUGAAUUCCUUACCAAAUAGCAGUGCAUUGUCAUUUUUUAUGGAGGAGGUGGUAGCAUUUCCUGUUUUGGAGGAAUUAGAUUUGAGUUCACUUGAAUCUAUAGAGAUGAUUUGGCCAUAUCAACUUAAAGAAGUAUCUUACAUGGAGAAUUUAAAGAGUUUAACUAUUGAAGAGUGUGAAAAGUUAAAGUAUGUUUUCUCUUCUGGUGUGGCAAAAAGCUUAGUUCAACUUAGAAAUCUCAAGGUAGAGUGCUGUGAGAAUAUGCAAGAGAUUUUAGUCAAAAAAGAAGGAAGUUUGAAGGAGACCAUUUUGUUUCCUAAACUAGAGUGGCUCAAACUUUAUUCUCUUCCAAACCUCAAAAGUUUCAGUGUUGGACAAUAUUUAGCAAUCGAAUUUCCAUCCUUAAAGAUGUUGGAAAUAUGGGAAUGUGGAGAAUUGAAGACAUUCCACCAAAGCUGCACCAAUGAAAUUAAGAUACCUGAACGACCUUUGAUCGAUGAAGAGGUGGUAGCAUUUCCUAUUUUGGAGCAAUUAGAUUUGAGUUCACUUGUUUCCUUGGGAAUGAUUUGGCCAGAUCAACCUCGAGAAGUAUCUUACCUGCACAAUUUAAAAGAUAUAAAUAUUAGCCAUGGCCACAAAUUAAAGUAUCUUUUUUCUUCUACUGUGGCAAGAAACUUGGCUCAACUUAAAAAUCUAAGGGUAGAGUAUUGUAAGAAUAUGCAAGAGAUUUUAGCCACAAAAGAAGAAGAAGAAGGAGAGGAAGGAAGUAUGAAUGAGACCAUUUUGUUUCCUAAACUAGAGGAAGUUACACUUCUUCUUCUUUCAAAUCUCAAAAGAUUCAGUGGUGGAAAGCAUUUGACAAUCGAAUGUCCAUCCUUGAAGAUGUUGGAUAUCGAUAGUUGCUCGAAAAUGAAGACAUUCCAAAAAAGUUGCAGCAAUGAAAUUGAAAAACCUGAUGAACCGUUGUUCAAUAGAAAGAUAUCAUUUCCUACGAUGGAGAAAUUUUUUUUGGAAUCUCAUGAUUCCAUAGAGAUGAUUUGGCCAGAUCAACUCCAAGAUGUAUCUUACAUGCAUAAUUUAGAAGAUUUAAAGGUUGCUAAAUGUGAAAAGUUAAAGUAUCUUUUUUCUUCUGCUAUGGCAAGAGCCUUGGUUCAUCUUAAGAAGCUAAGCAUAGAGAAAUGUGAGAAUAUAGAAGAGAUUUUAGUCAUAAAAGAAGUUAGAGAAGAAGAAAGUCAGAUUGAGGAGCUUCAGCUUGAUGAUCAUCCACACCUCAGAAAUUUUAAUGUUGAACAAUAUUUGGCAAUCGAAUGCCCAUCUUUAGAAAUAUUGGAUAUAAGUAUAUGUCCAAAACUAAAGAUGUUCAUCAAGACUUGCACCACAGAAAUUGAAGAGCAGAGUGUAAAGGUUGUGCCCCCUAUUUUAGAAGAAAUGAACUUGAAGUGCUUGUUCAUGCCAUUUAAUGUGUCAUUCCGAAACUUGAAAGAGAUCAAAAUUAUCAAAUGUGGUGCAAUAAUAAAUUUAAUGAAUUCCAACACUGUCAAAAGUCUAGUACAACUCCAGAAAAUGACCAUCUCUCAAUGUGACCAAUUUAAUCAAGUAAUUGUGGACGACGAAGCAGGUGACAUGGUUUUCCCCCAAUUGAAGGCUUUAAUGCUUCAUCGUUUACCCAAACUCAAAAGUUUCAAUUGUGGAAAUAGUGACAUUCAGUUUCCUAAUUUGGAAAAAGUGAUUGUGAUUGAGUGCCCUUGCAUGGAGAAUUUCUCUGGUGGAAAUGUAAUCACUUCCAAGUUAGAUAAAGUAAUUACAAAGCUAGCAAUGCUUGCAAGCAUUUACAAUGUGGAUUCAUGUAAGGGUGUAGAAGAUGUUUGGAAAGGUGAUAUCAAAACAAGUGUAAGAAUGAUUUGGGAGAAAUUAACACAACGAACAAGCAAGUAAUGAAGAGCAUGCAACUUCAUCUUCCAAAUAAUUGAGUUGGUCCAAAAUAAAAUGGUAAGAGUACAUAUUUAUUAAAAUAUUUUGUAUAUUAGUUAUUUAUUGUUUGGGGUUGUUGACAUAAGAUGAAAUUGUAUUACCAGGGUGAUCCAUAUUGGACAUUUUACCAGAGGUUUCUAUUUUAUUGAUCUACUCUUUUUGAUUCCUGUUGAAGCAUAUACUCGAAAGUCAAAAGUGUGUGUGUGCAAAGCAAACGAUUUCGAAAACUUGUAAUUUCAUUGUUAUGAGGUUUGACCUUUUUCUUGCUUUGAAUUACUUUGAUGGGAGUUACAUUUAUGUAAAGAUAUGGUAAAUAAUUGGAUCUUUUGAUAUUUGUAUUAUGGCAAAUGCAUGCCAAUUAUCAAUGACAUUUGCCUACCAUGAAAAUGGGAGACAUCUAACAUUUAGAUUGUAGUAGUGUAUUAAUGACAUUUGUUAGAUAA